AUGCAGAUGUAUGUAAAUAGACGGUGCCUGGCUACGGGCACAGCCAGCUCAGCCCAGCCGUGUCCGCAGGAGGAACUGCGCUCUGCAUCCUCAGGCAUUCCACUGAAACUCGGACCUUUCUCUUACGCAGGAGAGACAAACCCAGGAAGAGGAGCCUCCUCGGGUUACAAAGUUGCGUCUGGCCCUGUCUUUCCCGGUCGUCCGGGCUGGCUCCGAGCUGGAGACGGGGCUCGGUCCGGCCGGGAGGGAGCGAGGGCGGGGUGCGGCCGGGGCGUGCGCGUCUGUCCGUCCGCUCCGCGUCUGUCCGGCUCCUCCGCGGACCGCGCGUCUGCACGCCGUCGGCGCGCACCUGGUCCCCGCUCCCGGCGCAGGCCCCUGUCCGUCCGUCCGUCCGUCCGUCCGUCCGUCCGUCCUUGCCCCUGCGCGGAGCGGCGGCCCUGGGCUGGACGCUCGCUGGGAACCGGGGCCGGUGCAGCCGCCCCGCCGGACCCCACCCCGGGUGUUCGGGCCUGGCGGGUCCCCUCCCUGGCGGGUCCCCGCCCGCGGACUUUCCCGAGAGUUCCCGGGCGCGCCGCUCGUCCUAGGCCGUGCGCGCGGAGCCGGGGGCGCCGGCGGACCCUAGGGCCUUCUUUCUGUGCUUUCCGCGGCUGCGCUUUCCCCGCUCUCCUUCGCCCUCACCUUCCCGCUAACCCACGCCCGAAGCGCGCUGGCACCCGCCGUCCCGGUCCUCCGCUCCGCUGCGGCCGCGCAGCCCGGCCCGCCUGGCCGCCCGCGUCCACUCGCUGGCCCUGCAUCUGAUCUCACUCUCUUCUCGGCAUAAGUUAGUGUCCUUGGUGUGAAGUGCUCCCGGGAGCACCCUGCGCCCCCCAGGUUAGAGUACUGUGCGCGCCUCCCCAGGUUAGGGUACUGCCUGCCCCAGGGAAGCGGAGCUGGGGCAGUGUGUCAGCCCGCGGGCCCUUCGCACCUCCGACCCCAGCCGGCAGGCGCUGGGGAGCCCUAACGAGCUCUGGGACUUGUUUCCUCCCAGGGCGUGCCAAGUGCUUGUGAGUUAUCUCCGAGCGGGGCCCACGCCCUCCACUCGUGUCUCCGGGCUUCCAGUGUCGCCAGCCUGUCCGCUGCCUCCUCGCCGCAGCCCUGGCCGGGAGGCAGCGCCGGCCGGAGACCUCGUCCUCUCGCCUCUCCUCUCCGGCUGCUGCAGCUGCCGCUGAGACUCGCCGUGGCCGCUGCCUCUUCCCGCUUUAAUCCCAGACCUCCAGUCAUUGGGCAGCUCCUCAGAGGCAAGAAGUCAACACCAUGGCAACCCGACAAGCCUAUCAAAUCACCGGCUGGCGUGACAGCGGGAGCACCGCAGGCGGGAGUGGGCUGGGCGGGAGAGCAGAGUGGCCACUGCGUUCAGGUACCCAGUCUGGGAGUGGACAGCAGCUGCCGGCCUCCACAUCUGGCGACGCAUCUGUGCACACUCAGCUCCUCUUCGCCCUGGCCCCUAGAUGCCCUAGCCGUUCUGGAGGAGGAAGGGGAAGAGGAGAACCGGAGAGGCUUACAGGGUCGGGAAGGCUGCGUAAAACUUCCAAACUAAAAGGAAUCGAAGUCCUAGAAACUGUAAACUGAAGAUGCCUGUGCCCCAGCGCCUCCCUCCCCCGUGAAAUCCUGUCUGGGUAGCCCGAGAACCCAAAGUGUACGUGUCCUUGCCAGUUCUGCCCUUUCCUUAAGCAGCAUUCACGUUCCAUCCUCUUCUGGAGUUUAAAAAGGAUAAGGCAUUUUUAAAUUGUAUUGUCUACCAGUGUUCUAUUCUGCAAAAAUACAGCUCCGCUUCAAGUCGAUCGACUGUCCCGGAAGUGACCUACAUUUUACCUGGAACUGUCUUCACCUCUUUCUUUCACACCCACUAAGUGUGGGCUGUCCCGUGCGUUCUAGACCUUGAUGCCUUAAAGGGAGAGACACAGCAGCCUGGAAAGUGUCUGGGUUCCUCUAAGGCCUACCUGGCCCUUGCAUUUCCUCACUGUCCUUAAGAAACUCUGAAUUAGGCAGA